AACUCACACGCUAUUUUAAUUUCAAAUGAAUCGUUUGGGAUUGAGCCCAAAAGGUGUGUGUGUAUGGGGCAGAAAUUCCAGCUCGGGUCUAGGCUGACUUAUCAAUAAGAUUUGGCCUGAGUGAGCGAGCGAGUGAGCAAGAGGGUGGGUGGGUGUUCAGGGCAGAUCACAGCGAUUGCACUAAGAACAGAGGAUGUCGUAACUUGUAGUGUGAAGUACGUGGGUUACACUUAAUGCUUCCAUUGAAACACCUCCACACACACACAAAUGCACACACACAUACAAACAGAGUGCGAGAGAGAGAGAGAGACAGCAAGAGUGAAAGCAAGAGAUAGACGAGAGAGGUUUCAGUGUGCAAAGGUGACUAAUGGUGUGAGUUCGGUUCAGGACGCCUCCUUCGCUUGUUCUGUGCUCCACUUCCCCUCCCCCUCACCCCUCCCCAAACACCCACUCAACUGAUGAGUUGGACGGACUUGCUGGGUCAGAGGUGAGAGUGAAAGAGAGAGAGAGAGAAAGAGAGAGAGAACGAGAGAGAGAGAGAGAGUGAGAGAAAGAAAAUGGGUACGAUGAAGCUACAGAACCCGAGCCACCCCUCAGGGCUCCUCCACAAGGCCAACCAGAUGCGUCUAUUGGGAACGUUGUGUGAUGUGGUCAUUUUGGUGGACAGCCAAGAGUUCCACGCUCACCGGACAGUGCUGGCCUGCACCAGCAAGAUGUUCGAGAUACUUUUCCACCGCAACAGCCAGCACUACACCCUGGACUUUCUCUCGCCAAAGACCUUCCAGCAGAUCCUAGAGUAUGCCUACACGUCCACCCUCCAGGCCAAGGUGGAGGACCUGGAUGACCUCCUGUACGCAGCGGAGAUCCUGGAGAUCGAAUACCUGGAGGAGCAGUGCCUGAAGAUCCUGGAGACCAUCCAAGCGUCCGAGGCCGAGACGGAGGGAACGGUGACCGAGAUCCCGGAGGAGGAGGACGUGGGGAAGGGGAGGUACAACCGCAACCUGUUGAUGGCCAAACCGCUUGCUGGCCCACCUGGCUACGUCGCCGCGGGCAACCUGACUCUCCCGGGAGCCACGUUGGAAGAGCAAAGCCCCUCCGUGUCCACCUCCUUUGGGCUCUCGGCCUUGAGCCCCACCAAGGCAGCUGUCGACAGCCUCAUGAGCAUCGGCCAGACUCUGAUGCAGGGGUCUUUGAAGCAAAGCUAAGACUGGGGGGUUCCGGGUGGGGGUGGGCAAGGAGCCCGUCUGAUCGAAGUCAAGCACGAGGUGAUGCAAGUGGACGAAUCGCCCGACCCCCAUAGCCCCCAGGGAGGGGGGGACAAGGCGGGGGAGGGCGACCGAGGCAGGGAUGGACCUGGGACCCCCACCCGAAGCAGCGUGAUCACGAGUGCCCGCGAGCUCCAUUAUGUUCGCGACGACGCCUUGGGUGAGGGGUCGGGGGAGGUGGGGGUGGAGGAGCAGGCCACGGGGGGCGUCGGGGGCGAGAGGCGUCUGGCGCUAUAUCCCGUGGCCCCCCGCGGCCGGGCCGAGGCCAUGCUGGGGAUCGCCCCCUCUCUCUCCUCCACCCUCCAUGUGCAGCCUGGGCUCUCCGUGGCCAUGGACUUUGGGGCCUACGGGAGCCUCCUGCCCCAGGGCUUCAUCCAGAGGGAGCUGUUCAGCAAGCUGGGCCAGCUGGCCGCCGGCAUGAAGAGUGAGAGCAAAGCCACCAGCGAGAGGUGUAACGUCUGCAGCCUCGAGCUCCCCGACAACGAGGCCAUCGAACAGCACAGGAAAUUACACAGUGGGAUGAAGACAUUCGGGUGUGAGCUGUGCGGUAAAAAGUUCCUGGACAGCUUGAGACUGCGGAUGCAUCUUCUCUCUCACUCGGCGGGAGCGAAGGCCUUUGUCUGUGAUCAGUGUGGAGCUCAAUUCUCAAAGGAAGAUGGACUGGACGCUCACAGACGUACUCACACUGGUACGGACAUGGCAGUGUUCUGUCUGUUGUGCGGGAAGCGUUUCCAGACCCAGAUCGCGUUACAGCAACACAUGGACGUGCACGCAGGCGUCCGCAGCUACAUCUGCAGCGAGUGUAACCGAACGUUCCCGAGCCACACGGCACUCAAACGCCACCUGCGCUCGCACACAGGUGACCAUCCCUACGAGUGCGAGUUCUGUGGGAGCUGUUUCCGGGACGAGUGCACCCUGAAGAGCCACAAACGCAUCCACACCGGAGAGAAACCGUAUGAGUGUAACGGGUGCGGGAAGAAGUUUAGCCUCAAACACCAGCUGGAGACUCAUUACCGGGUCCACACAGGUGAGAAGCCUUUCGAGUGCAAGCUGUGCCACCAGCGAUCCAGAGACUACUCCGCCAUGAUCAAGCAUUUACGAACCCACAAUGGGGCCUCACCUUACCAGUGUACCAUUUGCCUGGAGUUCUGCCCCAGCCUGUCUGCCAUGCAGAAACACAUGAAGGGUCACAAGCCCGAAGACAUCCCACCAGACUGGAGAAUAGAGAAAACGUACCUGUAUCUGUGCUACGUCUAAGUCUUAAGGAACGGAGAAUUUAUCGCUGUGAAUGUUGAAAGAAAGGAAGAUUCCAUCAUUGUGUGUGAAUUUUUUUUUCUCUCUCUCCCUCUCCCUCUCUCUCUCUCCGUUCCUCCCUCCUUCGAUUUCCCUGUGUCUCGCACAACCUCCUUUAACCUUAGUUUUUUUUUAAUGAAACCCUACUUUCUCCCAUCCAACCCCCCCCACUCCCAUCCCCCGCCCCAACGUAAAUGAGCCAAACCCUUAUUGA